AUUAACAGAUAGGAGAAAAGGAGGAAAGGUCCCCCACUUUUGUAUUAGAAGAUACUGUGAGAGAGAGAGAGAGAGAAAAAAAAAAGUAAGUAGUUAACCCAACCUGCUUGGGAGUCCUUUCUCCUCCUCAUCAUCACGUCUCUCCCACACCACACAUUGACACAUACACACACAAUAUUUUUGAAGAAUCUCUGAGACAGACACACCAAUUGUCAAUUGACGCCUAAUGCAUCGACUGCUGCUGCUGGAUUCCCACGGCGGUAGCGAGACGAGCAGCAGCGGCGGAGAUGGGUACCUGAGGGACAUGAACUUCGACGCAAACAUGGUGAUCAUACUCGCCGCUCUUCUCUGCGCCUUGAUACUAGCGCUCGGGCUGAAUUCUAUCCUCCGGUGCGCCAUGGGAUGCGGUUUAUUCGGGUUAUCAUCAUCUGGGGCGACGACGGCCGCCGACAGAACUGGACUAAAGAAGCGAGAGCUGAACAAGUUUCCUGUAGCUGCGUACGGGUCUAGCCUUGUGAAUAUAGCGGCUACGGAGUGCGCCAUCUGUUUGGGUGAAUUCUCCGACGGCGAGAGAGUCCGUGUUCUGCCCCCGUGUAAUCACAGCUUCCACAUGUCUUGCAUCGACACCUGGCUUGUCUCUCACUCUUCCUGUCCUAAUUGUCGCCAUUCACUCAUCCCUGCAGCUGGAUCUGCAUAAAUUAAAUGAUUGGUGGUGGUUACGCCACUACUACUACUACUAGUAAGUAGUAACUACUCCAUCACUAAUUACUAGUAGUAAACUAGCCUAGUAGAGUUAAAUAAACAACACACACUUCAUUUUUAUUCCUAAUUUUUGGUAGCUUAUUGUUGUUGUAGUAAAUUAGUAAAUCAGAUACUUACUGUUGUUUAGUAGCGUUUUGUUUAAUAUUUUUAAAGAUUCGAAACCCGAACGAAUGAGGCCCACCUUGUUUGGGCCUAUUCAAGUAUUCAAAAAGCCCAUCUUGUUUUUUGUUUUUUUUGGUUUUGUGUAUGUCGGUCGCCCUAAUCGACGAGUGAGUGAGUGCUGAUGAUGGGUGGUGGUGAGUCUGAAAAGCAGAGGUCGGUGGUCCUGUGGAAGCUUAAAGUUUGUGUGAGAGCCGAACGUUUCAGUUUGAAGCUCAAUCUACGGAACAGGCUCUCUUCUUGGAAGCUUCACCGGUUGUCAUUCGUCCUAAGAUCUCGAAAUCAUCAUCUCAAAGUGGAUUCUCAAUCCAAACCCAGAUUCAUCCGGAGUCUUGCUAUCUUCCGUAGGCGGAGGCGGAGAGAAUCUGUGGAUGCCAUGGAAUUGGUUUGGAACGGAGCGGUGGUAGUGGCAAAGAAAGCAAGAGGCGUGGGUGCCGCCGUAACUCUGAUCAUCAUCGUUGCCAAUUACCUAAUGCCAUGGAUCAAGUUGAGCACCGAACCGUUCCAAUUAUAUUAGGUUAUGCUUUGGUUUGGUAUUAACUAAGUAAAAAAAGGCAUUUCAAUGAAUUGUUUGUUCCACCGAAAUAAAUUCAAGACCGGAGAGAAGCCAAACAAUGCAUUUCAAUUUAGUUUAGUGAUAUUCAAUUCCUCUUCUGCUAAACAGACAGAAAUUAGCUGUUUGGUUGUGUAAAUCAUCCCCUCUUAUGUUAUGCUUGUGGGAUUUAUUCAGUGUAUCUCUUGUUUUGUCUUAAUAAUUAAUGCCUUCAAACUUA